AUGAUAUUUCUAAAACAUUCGAGGUCGCUAUUGAACAAAGUUACACCAGAUAGCAUCCCCUUGGUCGGCAGCAACAGCAACAACAACCAGCUGGGCUCGCCGCCUUCAUCGCCUAAGGUGGUCUCGCGCAGGUCCACCAUCCUGUCACCUUCGCAGCACCACGACAAUAUCGAUGCCGAGAUUAGCCCCGUCACUUCACGUGAAGGCAGAGAGCUACUGCCUAGGAGACAGGGCAGCCAUCACCAUAAGAAACAUCACCACCACCACCACCACCACCAUCACCCCCACCAGCAGCAGCAUCAAGUGGGAGACACGAGUGGCGAGAUGAAGUUGGAUGAUAUCGUUGAGAAAGGAACGCGGCCAGAAGGGGUAGAGCCGGGUGCUGCAACUGCAACUGUUGCGCCUGUUGACGGGACAAAGAAAUUGUUUGACAACGUCACGAGUUCUGAACGGGUGCUCAUCUCAAUCAUACUCCUUUUGAUUUUAAUUGUUUACUUAUGGUGA